ACUCGUUUUAUUUUCACAGUCAAGUAAAAUAAAAAAAAAAAAAAAAAUACACGAAUCAAACAGUUGUUUGUUCGGCAUUUUGAAUGUGGUGGUGGUGUCGCGGGGCAAAAAAAGGAAACGAUGUAUUGUAAUUUAUUGAAAAAAAUGUCAACAAAAAAUGUGGAAUUUACAAAAAGUUUAGUCACUGAUUCGAAAUAUGGAUUUUUGAAACAACUUGGUCUCAGCAGCGCGGAAAAUCCUGGAUUGUACGAUGGAAAUUGGGGAGGAUCGGGAAAGGUGAUUGAAUCAAUUUCGCCGGCUAGUGGAGAAGUGAUAGCAAAAAUUCGCGAAUCAACUCCAGAGGAAGUUGUGAAUGCAAUUUCAAAAGCCAGAAAAGUAUGGCCGCAAUGGGCAUCGCUGCCAGCUCCGGCUCGAGGGGAAAUUGUCCGUCAAAUUGGCGAUGAGCUCAGAAAAAAUUUACUUCCUCUCGGUCAAUUAGUUUCCCUCGAAAUGGGUAAAAUAUUACCGGAAAGUAUUGGCGAGGUACAGGAAUAUAUUGAUAUUUGCGAUUACGCUGUGGGAUUAUCGAGAAUGUUCGCCGGUGGUAUUUUUCCAUCGGAAAGAAGGGAUCAUGCUUUACUUGAAAAAUGGAAUCCUCUGGGAGUAAUUGGCGUUAUAUCGGCGUUUAAUUUUCCCAUUGCGGUUUACGGUUGGAAUAGUGCAGUAGCGAUGAUUUGUGGAAACACUGUUGUGUGGAAAGGUGCACCUUCGACACCUCUAGUUUCAAUAGCGACAACAAAAAUAAUUAGCGGAGUCUUGGAGCGAAACAACAUUCCCGGUUCUGUUGCUUCAUUAAUAACUGGCGGUGGCAAUGAUGUUGGUGAGGCGCUUGUCAACGACAAACGAGUUCCAUUAGUAUCGUUCACUGGAAGUUCAAAAACAGGGAAAGAAGUUGCCCUUAAAGUACAAAGCAGAUUUGGAAAGUGUUUACUCGAAUUAGGAGGCAACAAUGCCCUUAUUGUUGCACCAGAUGCGAAUUUAGAAAUGGCAAUAAGAGCCGCUGUUUUCUCAUGCGUUGGAACUGCUGGUCAACGAUGCACAACAACGAGAAGAUUAAUUUUACAUAAAACGAUAAAAAAGGAAUUUCUCGAAAAACUAAAGACUGCGUUUAAAAGUAUUUUCAAAAGAAUUGGAGAUCCACUGGACGAAUCAGUUCUUUAUGGUCCACUUCACAAUCAAGAAGCCCUCGAUAAUUUUAAGAAAUCGGUGAGAAUUGCAGCAGAGGAAAAUGGCGGAACUGUGGAAUUUGGAGGAAAACAUAUUGUUGAAAGAUCAGGUUUCUAUGUGGAACCAACAAUAAUUACCGGUCUAUCGCCGAACGAUCCAAUUGUUCAACAGGAAACAUUUGCUCCAAUUGUUUAUAUUUUUGAAUUUGAUUCACUUGACGAGGCAAUUGAAAUGAAUAACAAUGUUGAACAGGGAUUGAGCAGUUCUCUAUUCACAAAUAAUAUUCAAAACGUAUUUCAGUGGAUUGGACCACUUGGAUCGGAUUGUGGAAUUGUGAAUGUAAAUAUAGGAACAAGUGGAGCUGAAAUUGGUGGCGCAUUCGGUGGUGAAAAAUCCACGGGCGGUGGACGAGAAAGUGGUAGCGAUUCAUGGAAACAAUAUAUGAGACGAUCGACGGUAACAAUUAAUCAUGGAACUGAACUUCCACUCGCUCAAGGAAUUAAAUUCGAAUAGAGAGAGAGAGAGAGAGAGAGAGAGAGAGAAAGAAUAAGAAACAAAAAUGUCAAUUUCACGAAUUUAAUUCAAAUCUUAUAAAAUCUACCUCGAUGUCGACAGACGCUUUUUUA